UGUUUUGAGCCUCUCCUCGCGAGGAAGCGCAUCCCGAAGGGGAAAGGGCUCGUUGGGCAAUCGGGCACUCCCAACUCAUCCAUGGCGGAGAGCAAGUUCAUGGAAGAGCUGGACCAAUGGAUAAAACAACUGCAAGAGUGUAAACUCCUCACGGAGAAGCAAGUGCAGACUCUAUGCGAGAAGGCUAAGGAAAUCCUAAUGAAAGAAUCCAACGUUCACGAGGUCUCUUGUCCCGUUACCGUCUGCGGUGACGUCCACGGCCAAUUUCAGGAUCUUUUGAAAAUCUUUACGCUUGGUGGGAAAUUACCAGACAAAAGCUACCUCUUUAUGGGUGACUAUGUUGACAGAGGCUUGAACUCGGUGGAGACUGUGACUUUUCUCAUAUCUUUAAAAGUACACUAUCCAGAGUUCAUUACCCUAUUGAGAGGAAACCACGAGAGUCGAGAUGUUACUCAAGUGUAUGGUUUUUAUGAUGAAUGUCAAAAAAAGUAUGGAAAUGCCAAUGUCUGGAAAUAUUUUACCGACCUAUUCGAUUAUCUCCCCAUUACAGCGUUAGUUGACAGCCAGAUAUUUUGUGUCCAUGGGGGUCUGUCUCCCUCCAUAGAUACCCUGGAUCAUAUAAGAGCUUUGGAUCGCUUUAAAGAAAUCUCCAUGAAUGGACCAAUAUGUGAUCUAUUAUGGUCUGAUCCAGUUGAUGUUGGGGGAUGGGGACCCUCUCCAAGAGGGGCUGGCCACACAUUUGGACCAGAAAUUUCUGAAAUAUUUAACCAGGCCAAUGGUCUUAAACUGAUUUCCCGGGGUCACCAACUUGUCGAGGAGGGUUACUUCUGGUGUCAUAAUGAAAAGGUGGUGACCGUUUUCAGUGCACCCAAUUAUUGUUACCGUUUUGGGAAUCGGGCUGCUAUCAUGGAACUGGAUGAUUCUUUAAAACACACCUUCCUACAAUAUGACCAAGCACCAGGAGGGAAGUGUCCUGAGAUCUCACUCCUACCUUAUUCCUAUAGACAGCCUUGGGGAAAACCAAGGCAACUGUUUUUUGAUGACUGGUGAUAUUUGGAAUGUGGUAAAAUAGCAAUUGAAAAACAGCAAGGAAAAAUUACACUGUUACAAAUGCCAGAGCAUUCGU